CAGUAUAGAUACCACACACAUCUGAUGUGUCUGUGUACAAGUAGCAAAGCAAUGCCGAGCUCUUCAUUUCUCGGCAGCUUCCUCCCGCCGUCGUCCACCGCCACCACCACCUCCAACCGCCGCCGUCCCCACCACACAAUCAAAAUGUCCCUCAACCCAAACCCCAUCACCACCCUAACAAAACUCCUGUGGGGCCAGUCCCUCCCACCAAACCUCCUCAUCUCCGCCGCCCGCUCCGCCUGGUCCGCCACCUGGCACCUCAUGAUGUCCCAGCUAGCCCCCUCCGACCCCACCGGCCGCUACACCCGCUCCGCCUCCCAAUUCCGCCUCCCCCUCACCAACAUCUCCCGCCAAAACCUCCACCUCUACGUCGGCCUCCCCUGCCCCUGGGCCCACCGAACCCUAAUCGUCCGCGCCCUAAAAGGCCUCGAACAAUCCAUCCCCGUCUCGAUCGCCGCCCCCGGCGCCGACGGCUCCUGGGAAUUCACGAAUCCCUCUCUCCAAAACAAGGAUAGUAGUACUACUACUCUCCUCCCCACUUGGGAUAAGGCCAACCGCUGCAAAACCUUGAAGGAGGUGUACAACUCCCGCAGCGGAGGGUACAACGGCAGGUCCACCGUACCAAUGCUGUGGGACGCUGAUAAUAAACAGGUCAUCUGCAAUGAGAGCUACGAUAUCAUACAAUUCUUCAAUUCCGGAUUAAACAAUCUAUCCACUAAUCCAACAUUAGACCUUUCUCCUCCUCAAUUGAAGGCCAAAAUCGAUAAAUGGAAUCGAAUUAUCUACCCCAACAUCAACAACGGGGUCUAUAGGUGUGGAUUUGCGCAAAGUCAAGAAGCGUACGAUAGCGCGGUGAAUGAGUUGUUUAGUACAUUAGAUAUGGUAGACGAGCAUUUGGAACGUUCGAGGUACUUGUGUGGAGACGAAUUGACACUUGCAGAUGUGUGUUUGUUUACAACUUUGAUAAGGUUCGAUCCCGUGUACAAUGUCUUGUUCAAGUGCACUAAGAAGAAGCUCAUCGAAUAUCCGAAUCUUCAUGGAUACAUGAGAGACAUUUACCAGAUUCCGAAAGUUGCAGCUACUUGUAACUUAGGAGCAAUUAUGGAUGGGUAUUACAAAACCCUUUUCCCGUUGAAUCCGGGUGGCAUCGGACCCGCCAUUCCGUACGCCUGUGAACAUGAAAUGCUGUCCAAAUCCCACAACAGAGAGGGCUUAUCAGUGGUUGAACAAAAUGAUGUAAAUGCACUCAUUGUGUAGAAGCUUGUGUGUAGAACAUUACACUGUAUUAUAUGUUAAUAUUGAAUAUUAUACCGAAUUUCAAGUUUUUCUUGUUGAC